UCCAGGAAGCCGAAACAGACGAAUAGGGCUCCCUGUGCGUAAUGAGAGCAUAGGCGAUAUAAUAUAUAGUAGUAGUAUGAUAACCCGCUGACUUUGAAGUGGACCUCGUUUAAGGAAAUGCCUUUGUUAAUUCAGAAUAGAGGAUUUGAUCGCAUAAGCUCGACGGCGGAACUGUUCGACAAAAACCCACAUUUACAGGAAAAUGCAAGAACAUUUCGCUCCAAGCCACUUGUUGAUGUCGAUCCAAAGUGCCUUUUGUACGUCCAACAAAGGGAGUUUGCUGCAACAACACCAGCAGAUAAUUGCGUUUCGGUCAUUGGAUCGGAUGAUGCCACCACCUGCCAUUUGGUUGUGCUGCGACACACCGGAAGUGGUGCAGUUUGCCUCGCUCACUGCGAUGGUUCCAGCACUUGGUCUGAAGUCCCGCUCCUUGUGAAAGCUGUCACAUCACUGAGUACUGUCUGCAAGGAGGGCAGACUUGAGCUUCAUCUUGUCGGGGGAUUUAAUGAUGAUUCAAAAACAUCCCACAAACUCAGCCUUAACAUACUGGCAGCAUUCCAGAAACAGAAAGAGGAUAUUCAUCUGGAAACAUGCUGCAUUACAGAAAUGAAUGACAUUGUUGUUGACGGAAGACACAAACCUGUAUUAUAUGGAAUAGGCGUAAAUGUUAAAACAGGGGAGGUGUUUCCUGCCUCAUUCACUUAUAAGGGACCUGCAGAGGAGCUGCGAUCAGCACGGACCUUCACAGGUGGACAGAUGGCUGACAUAUACGACUCAAGUAAGGGACUUGUUAAAAUCGGACCAUGCAAGUGGUCUCCGAAUCUGGAUAAUGCCACAAAAUGGUUGUCACAAAAUGAUGACACAAUUUUAAAGUACCUAUCCACCUCUCCGAUGGCUGAGCCACCGCACUUUGUCCAACACAUGAAAUCCACCAUCCAGUUCCUUUUAGAACACCCUGAUUCUGACAGCCUGUUCCCCGGGGGUCAGCCACAGCUCUACCAUCGGACUGAGAGGGGGGACUGGGAGAGGGCUAGCCAGUCAUAGAGGACGACCUCUCUCUGAACGUAAACAUGGGAUCUGACUGUUUUUGCCUCUGCGCUCAAUGGAUGCACUGUGACCCCUCUCACCCAAUAUUCAUUUUGUCUUAACAUGGAAGGUAUUCCUGACCAGACUUUACAUCAUUUGAAUAGCUCUCCUGACUCAUCUGGCUGGUCCAGUAGAGCAAACAGAGAAGGUGAUUGUCUUUAUGCCUGUAACAGUUUAUGUCCACUCUUAUGAGGUGGCAUGAAGUCUGCACUCUACAUCACCUGCUGUGUUUCAGUAAGUUGGAGUUAAUGUCCUUCUCUGUUUUGUCUUACUGUAUGUUCAGUUAAAGACAAUUUAUAAAUUUUUUUUUAUAGCUGUAGCUGUAGCUAUAGCUGUAGUAUAU